UUUUAAAAUUUGAAAUCUACCAAGUUAAAGUCAUUUGAUACAUUUAGUUGCCAUAAUCUCACUUCCCAGCGUGGAAACAAGAAACAGAAACACCCUCUGGGAACAUCAGGCAGGAUUUUGACAAACCAGCAGGCCGUGCCUCUUGCCAGGUGACAGAAACUUACCUGGGAAAGAGGUUGCCGCUAAAACAAUGCCUUUUAUUGAAACAGAAAAGGACAAACUCGCUUCCCAGAAGCCUGUUACACAAACGAGACCUGCGUUUUCCCUGCUCCGCCUCGUUUUGAGCUGACAUAGGACACAGUUCUACGGGAAUGUCCCCGGCAGGAGGGACCCUGCGGUGGCCAGUCUGGCCCCUUCCCGGCUCCCUCCGCCAGGGACAAGCAGCAGAGAGAGGGAAGCCCGCGAGGGGAGGAGCUGCGCCUGUCCCUCCCGAGCGCAGCUGUGGGGAGAAGGUCUGAGGUUUGCUGGUGAAGGAGCCGGAGGAGGGAGCUGCGCGGUGCGGCGAGUCUGCCUGGUGCCGGCCACAGCGCCCUGGCUCUGCUCAGCCGCACCUGUCCGCGGGUCCAGGCAGGAGGGACGCGGGCCAGGGACGCUCUGCCCUGCGGGGGAGUCAGGAGGGGGCGCCCGCUAGGGAGAGGCAGGGCUGGCCUGGUGCUUGGAGCCUGCUGGGGGAGAGAGAAGGAGACGGGGGGCAGCUGAGGGAGAAGGAGAAGCUCCGGAGAGGAGGCAGCAGCAGCGCAGGCUCCGACACACGGAGCAGCACCGGCUGGAGCCCGGGAGCCUGGAGGGACCAUGGGGCCCGUCCCGGGAACCUUCCUCCAGACGCUCCUUGUGUUAUCCGCGCGGAGCUGGGGCGCAGCCCUGGCAGGAGGCCCAGAUCACUGUGAGGAGCCCCUCGUGUCCACCCUACCCUCGUCGUCCUUCAGCAGCUCCUCCGAGCUGUCCAGCAGCCACAGUCCCAGCUUCGCCAGACUGAACCGGAGAGACGGAGCUGGGGGCUGGACCCCACUCGUAUCAAAUAAGAACCAAUGGCUGCAGAUCGACCUUGGAGAGAGGGUGGAGGUCACAGCGGUGGCGACGCAGGGCGGGUACGGGAGCUCCGACUGGGUGACCAGCUACAUCCUGAUGUUCAGCGACAGCGGCAGCAACUGGAAGCAGUACCGGCGGGAGGACAGCAUCUCAGGCUUUCUGGGAAACUCGAAUGCGGACAGCGUGGUACAGCACAGGCUGCGGCCGCCCCUGGAGGCCCGGCACCUGCGCUUCCUGCCCGUGGCCUGGAACCCAGACAGCAGGAUUGGGAUGCGCGUGGAGGCCUACGGAUGUGCCCACAGAUCAGAAGUGAUUGAUUUUGACGGAGAAAGUUCCCUGCUUUACCGAUUUAUUCAAAAUACCAGGAGUCCAGGAACAGACGUCAUUUCUUUGAAAUUUAAAACUCUGCAGAGUGAGGGGAUUCUAUUCCACAGGGACGGACGGAAUGGAAAUUGCAUCACCCUGGAGUUAGUGAAAGGAAAACUCAUUUUAUUCAUAAAUUCAGGCAACGCCACGCAACCCUCACCACCUGGCCAGGGUGGCCUGGCGCUGGGCAGCCUGCUGGAUGAUGGGCACUGGCACACAGUGCGGCUGGAGUGCUCUGGCCAGGGCCUGAACCUCACGGUGGACAGGCACUCGAGACCCAUCGGGGCACCAGCGGAGCUGUGCCAUGCGGACCUGGACCCUGAGAUCAGCUUUGGAGGGAUUUUAGCGCCAGGAAAGCCAAUGGUGUUUCCAAGGAAAAACUUUCGUGGAUGCCUAGAAAACAUUAAUUUUAAUGGAGAGGAUGUCAUUGGUUUGGCCAAGCAGCAGGGACCACAGAUCCUCGUCAUGGGAACCGUCGCCUUUGCCUGUGCGCACCCCCAGACCGUGCCCGCCACGUUUCUGAGCGCGCAGAGCCACUUGGCGCUGCCCGGCUCCCCCGGGGCGGACGGGGCCUCCGUCAGCUUCCAGUUUCGCACGUGGAACCGCGCCGGGCUGCUGCUGUCCUGGGGGACCCGCCUGGGCUCCGGGGGCUUCUUCCUCGCGCUCCAGGACGGGAGGCUCCACGUGGGUCCGCGCGCAUCCCCGGGACAGGCGCAGAGCGGCGGCCGCACAGGUGUUGGAUUAAAUGAUGGGCAAUGGCAUUCUGUCUCAGUGACGUCCACGUGGGGCCACCUGAGCGUGAUGGUGGAUGAUGACGUGGCCUCCACCGUCCACAGCACGGUACCUGUGGGGGUCCACCCGGGCGAUGCCUACCACUUUGGAGGGUGCCCCGCUCACGGCUCUGGCUCUGACUGCAGCCGAUCGCUGGGACCACUGGGCGGAUUCCAGGGGUGUCUGCGGCUCAUCUCCAUCGACGGCCAGGAGGUGGAUCUGAUCUCGGUGCAGCAGGGCGCUGUGGGGAACUUCAGCGACCUUCUGAUUGACACCUGCGGCAUCCUGGACAGGUGUUUACCCAACUACUGCGAGCACGAGGGCACCUGCUCCCAGACCUGGACGGCCUUCCACUGUGACUGCGGCAGCACCGGGUACACGGGCGCCACGUGCCAUCGCUCUCUCUACGAGCCCUCCUGUGAGGCCUACAAGCACCUCGGCCACGCCUCAGGAUUCUACAACAUCGACCCAGAUGGCAGCGGACCCCUGAAGCCAUUCCAGGCAUUUUGUAACAUGACAGAUGUUCCGUGGACAGUGGUGCAGCACAACGGCUCGGCCUUAACCAGGGUCAAGGGUGCGAGCCUGGAGAACCCGCACCGGGCAGUGUUCCAAUACACGGCCAGUGCAGAGCAGCUGCUGGCCAGCGUAGACCGCGCCAGGCACUGCCAACAGGAGCUGGAGCUCCACUGUCGGAGGUCUCGGCUGCAGGACCCUCGAGGUAGGCAGCCCCUCCCAGCCCUUCCUGACCUAAGCCUGGGAGGUGUGGGUGUCGCAGUCCAGGGUUUCAGGAAGAGCUUGACCCAGGAGCAGCUCACAGAACACCAUGGCGGAUGGAGUUACAGGAUUGAGGGCAGCACCCCACAGGGCGCCUGGCCCUUGGCAGAAGCAUGGCCUGUGAACAUCACACGUGUGUGUGUUGUGUCCCGUGAGACUGGAGGCGGCCGCCCUCUCAGCCCCGUCCUGUUGGGCCAGCUGCUGGCCUCAUGCACACUAAGGGACCGGGUCUCCCAAGCCUGGGGCAGCUUGCUGUGGAUGCGGCCCUUCUGCCACCCUCCCCAAAUGCCAGCCCUCCUCCCGGACCCCCUACACUCUGGGGCUCAGGCCACCCUGGGAUUCCUGUCGGGAAUAUCAGAGGCCAGGUCCCACAUCGGCCACACCUUGGCCUGGCUGGGUAGGGUGCGCCGUCGCGUCCUCGGGGGCUGCCUGGUACACUUGAGGAUCCUCUGGGCUGAAUAUGUGGCCCGAGGCUGGACCCCCAACCGUGCAGCAUUCGGAGAGGUCCGGCUCGGCGUGGGAUCCCGGUCCCUCUCAUUCACCUACCGCAUUCGGAGAGGAGUCCCGGCUCGGCGUGGGAUCGGGUCCCUCUCAUUCCUGCAGCAUUCCCAGGAGGUCGGCGGCUCCGGCGUGGAUCCCGGGUCUCUCUCUCGUGAACAGGCGCCUUCUCAGAACAGGAAGCGCAACUCAGCUGACAACCCCCGACCACGGCAAGGUGCACCUGGGAGUCACAGGAUGCUGGGGUGGACACUACAGCCAGGGCUGCUUGAUGGAACACCAGGCUGGUGGGCUGGAAGAAACCUGCUUGAGACCCCACACUGGGGAGGACUUUUCCCGGCGCCACCAGCUGUGCCUGCUGUGAAUUCAGAGGGACUGCCUGUGAUCACUCAAUGCGGCUGUAACUGUGAUGCCGACCGGAAUGAAAUGGUGGUGCAUAAAACGGUGCUGAUCUACUGUGGAGAAUGCCCCGUGCUGACCCGCUCCGUCUGUGAGGCCACCCUCAGAGCACUGUCCCGGCAGCUCAGGGAAGAGGCCACGCUAGCCCGACGAGAACGCCAGUGGGAAGAACUCUGGAGGCAGCCACAGGGCGUCAAUUACCUGGGCACCUGCCCCUGCCCAUUGCGGGCAGGGCUUUUGUGGGCCCACCAACUCGUGGAUUUGGGUGAGCACAGCAGCGACCCAUUGCUGAAGGAGCUGGGGACUCAGGAUGGACGCAAAGGUGGCCCAAGGGCCUGGACAAGUCCUGGUGCGGGAGAGGGAGAGCCCUGUCGGCCACAGCCAUGUCCACCCCAGAGAUGCUCCCCAGGGCUCACGCCCGGCCUGUGGGAGGCUUGCUGGGGCCGCUGGUGGAGGAGGAGCCUGGGGUCAGCCUUGCGUGGUGCAGAGGAAGGAGCAGGCGCUGCGGGUCCAGGGGCACCUCCGGAGUGGAAUGAAGGAACGUGCCCCCCACCCCGCCCCCCAAGGGCAGGGCAGUGCGCACAGCCGGACCCCGGUCCUGAAGCAGGUGUGGAAGGACACGUUUCCCUAGACACCACACGUGUCCCUUCGGCAAGGACGAGCGGGAACCGCCGGCAGGUGGGCAGCUGCUGGUCAGUGCCCAGGAAGGAGCUCUGCCUGCAGGUGGCUUCUGGCCAUGGAGGCUGCAGCCUGCGUGGGAUGGGCAGGGGCCGCUCGUCAGCCCACAGUCCUCAGUGCACGGGAGCUGCUGCCCACGCGGCCUUGGGACCGAUGGUCACUGGGAAGCUGCCCUCAUGCAGGGUCCCACGGUGCACGCUCCCUGGGACCCUGCUGGGUGUCGGGAUCGAUGGCCACCUUCAGAGUCUGCUGCCUGCCUUCUCUGUGGUCCCCAUGUGGACGAAAGGACCCAUCAAGGGUGUUACUGGGCCUGGCAUUUGGUUGGCGGCCCCGCCAGGCCUGGCAUGUCCCUGCAUGUGGAGCUGGGUACCCCGGCCCUGCCCAGCAUCACGCCGUGUCUUCUUCCCCAGGACGAGCGACGUGGGUGUGCUUUCCCACCGCGAGCACCUGCCGGUCACACAGAUCGUCAUCACCGACGCGGACCGCCCGGGCUCGGAGGCAGCUUACAAGCUGGGACCACUGCAGUGCCAGGGAGACGGGUCCUUCUGGAACUCGGCGUCUUUCCACACGGAGGCCUCCUACCUGCAUUUCCCCACCUUCCAUGGAGAGCUCAGCGCUGACGUGUCAUUCUUUUUCAAGACGACGGCUUCCUCUGGGGUGUUUCUGGAAAACUUGGGGAUCACGGACUUCAUCAGCCUGGAGUUGCGUUCCCCCGCAGAAGUGGCCUUUUUGUUCGACGUGGGAAACGGGCCCUGCGAGCUCACGGUGCAGUCGCCCACUCCCCUCAGUGACAACCGGUGGCACCUGGUCCGAGCCGAGAGGAACGUGAAGGAGGCAUUGCUGCAGGUGGACCUGCUGCCCCCCAGCACCCUCCAGGCCCCCGAGGAUGGGCACAGGCUCUUGCAGCUCAACAGCCAGCUCUUCGUGGGUGGCACAGCCGCGAGGCAGAGAGGCUUCCUGGGCUGCAUUCGGGCACUGCAGGUGAACGGGAGGACCCUGGACCUGGAGGGAAGGGCCAAGGUCACGCCUGGUGUGGAGCCUGGGUGCCCUGGGCACUGCAGCACCUACGGACACUUGUGUCUCCAUGGAGGGCAGUGCCGCGAGAGGCACCAGGGCUUCUCCUGUGACUGUGAACUGUCUGCAUACACGGGGCCCUUCUGCUCUAGUGAGAUUUCUGCGUAUUUUGGAACUGGCUCCUCGGUGACUUACAAUUUUCAGGAAUAUCAUUCCCCAAGUACGAAUGCCAGCUCCCACGCUGCCUCAUUCCAGGGAGAGACGACGUUGACCCAAGAGACAAUCGCAUUCAGCUUCCGAACAGUGCAAGCCCCGAGCCUGCUGCUUUAUGUGGACUCUUUCUACAAGGAGUACCUUUCUGUCAUCCUUGCCAAAAACGGGAGUUUGCAGAUCAGGUACAAGCUGGACACACAUCAAGACCCUGAUGUCGUUAACUUGAAUUUCAGGAACAUGGCAGAUGGGAAACUUUACCACGUGAACAUCAGCAGAGAAGAAGGGGUGGUCUUUGUGGAGGUGAACCAGAAAACUUGGAGACAAGUGAGUCUGUCAUCGGGUACAGCAUUCAAAGCCAUCAAAUCCCUGGUGCUGGGCAGGAUUUUAGAGCCCGGCGACCACGUGGACGCGGAGACUGCACGGGCCGGCGCGCGGGGCUUCUCCGGCUGCCUCUCGGCGCUGCAGUUCCAGCGCGUGGCCCCGCUGAAGGCUGCGCUGCUUCCAGGGCGCUCCGGGCGCGCCUCGGUGCGGGGCCCCGUGGCCAGGUCGAGCUGUGGAGCCGGGGAGGACGCGGCGCGGGAACGCACGCACGCUCGAGCAGAAUAUCCUGGUCCGGUGGAUGAGGGCGAACCCAUAGCUGGCGAGACGAGGGGAGACUCCGCAGUGAUUGGAGGUGUGAUUGCCGUUGUGAUGUUCUUCCUGCUCUGUCUGGCUGCCGUUGCUGUCUGCCUGUAUCAGCAGAAGAACUUGUACACACCCAAAGAGGCGCCACCAGAGAGCCACGGCACCAGCGAGGCAGUGCUCCGACACGAGCUCAGCGUGCAGAACACAGCGCGGGGGACCCAGAAGGGGCACUUCGUCUGAGCGGGAACGAGGGGCAACACUUCACUGCAGUGACUCGGAGCUUCACCAGGGCUCUCCAUGGCCAGAAAUGACCUUUGCAAAUGCAACAGGCUUCAAGGCAGUCAGGCUGCACAGAUGCCCCCUCGGAGGGCCUGGGGCCUCGUCCCGAGACAUUGUCCUUUACCCUCCUUCAUGCCCUUCACAUGACCGUGAGUUAGACAGCUUUAUAAUCUGGGUUAGUUUCCCAUGCCCUGAUGUGAUUUUACGUGGACGUUUAACCUGCUUAGCGACUGUGAGUUUUGGAAGGGAAACUUGCUCAAGUUCUGAGUUCUCUGUCACAGUAGGACCUGCAGCUUCACUUGGUCUACACACACAGGCUGCCUAUAGUCAUUGCUAUUGGUUUCCACAGAACCAAGCUUCCUCUUGACUGUGUCUGUUGAAUUUUUAGGUCUUUUUGCGAGCCAUAGCCAAGGGGCCAAAAAUCAACAGCCUGUCUGCCUUGCUGUCUGCUGGCCAAUGCAAAGUGUUACUCCUCUGUUGAGAUUUUUAUUUUUUGGUUUGUUUGCAUUGCUUUUGUUUAGUUUUUCCUAUUCAAAUGUUCGUGAUGAAUAUGGAAAUGUCUGGUACUAACUGCCAGUCUUCAGCUGUGAAACUGAAAAUCCACGUGGAGCAACACUCCGGAGUUAACCGCGCACGCUCUCUGCUCUGUUUUCUUCUAAUGUCACCGAGACCAGUACUGAUGGUUCCAGCCUCUCAGCUGUGCCCUGACUCAUGCUGACUUCACAAAGGUUUCUGCUUUCUCUUUUUCAAACUAAGGUUGAAGAGCAGUAGAACGACACAUUCUUAAUAAUGAAAUGUAUUUUUAUUUGCAGCUGCAAUACCUGAAUGAUACAUAAUAGUAAAUUUAUUUCCCUAAACUCUUGGGUGAUUAUGUGGGUUUUCUUUGUAGCGAUAAAACGCUCCUGUCUUUUGCUGCGUGUUCACUUGUCGCUCCCCGGGGCUCUCAUGACUUUCCUUGCUGUCCUGGCACAGGACCGCAGGCAGCUCCACUCCCAA